AUCUGAGCACGUGUCUCUCCUCUCCCCGCGUGCCGGCCGCUGGAGAAGAAGGUGUCUCGCCUCCCCCUGGGGCCGCCUCAGCCACUCGGAUUCGGGGCGGGGACCCGAGGUUUAUGCUCCUACACCCACCUAAACGCGCCUCCCAAGCAAUUGCAGGACAAUCUCGCCCUGGAGCUGCCCCCUCCCUGCCGGAGCAGGGACACCCCCCCGGAGCCGAGUCCCUGUCUGCGCCGGGGAUGAGGAAGGACCCCGGGGUCCUCCCCAGCGCUGAUUGCUGUGUGCAUCCAGACGGCGCCAUGGCUGCGGCUGGGGGUGGCCUCUGCUGCCCGCGCGGAGGCGGUUGCGUGGCUGGGGAUGCAUUGCAGGACAAGUUACAUCCAAGAAACCUGAUUCCGGAGCUCUGUAAGCAGUUUUAUCACUUAGGAUGGGUCACAGGAACUGGUGGAGGAAUCAGCUUGAAACAUGGAGAUGAAAUCUACAUUGCACCAUCAGGAGUCCAAAAGGAAAGAAUUCAACCCGAAGAUAUGUUUGUUUGUGACAUGGAAGAACGGGACAUCAGCGGCCCUCCAUCACACAAGAAACUAAAGAAAAGCCAAUGCACGCCUCUCUUUAUGAAUGCUUACACCAUGAGAGGAGCUGGAGCUGUGAUUCAUACUCAUUCAAAAGCUGCUGUCAUGGCUACCCUUCUCUAUCCAGGAAGUGAGUUUAGAAUUACCCAUCAGGAAAUGAUAAAAGGAAUCAAGAAAUGCACUUCAGGAGGAUAUUACAGAUAUGAUGAUAAGUUAGUGGUCCCCAUUGUUGAGAACACACCAGAGGAGAAGGAUCUCAAGGAACGAAUGGCACAUGCAAUGAAUGAAUACCCAGAUUCUUGUGCUGUAUUGGUCAGACGUCAUGGAGUUUACGUAUGGGGAGAAACAUGGGAAAAAGCCAAAACCAUGUGCGAAUGUUAUGAUUACCUGUUUGAUAUCGCAGUACAGAUGAAGCAGCAUGGACUAGAUCCUGCAAAACAUCCAGCUGAAGAAAACGGAAUUAUAUAAACUACUACAACACAGUUCUGUACCUCCACCCACCCAAAAUUGCAGUGCAAAAAGUGAAAAUGUAUUUGUCAACCUUUUGUGCGUUUAUAACUCAGCGCCCUUCUACUGCAUCUAGUAGAGCAUGCUUUGUCUGUCAAAAGGUGAAUUAUAGCUAAAAUGUUUAAUAACAGCAAGUGGAGGAAACAUAGCCCCAAUCCUACAAGCUGAUCUGUGCAGGCAGACCCUUAUGACCAGGUCUGCAGGAUCAAGGCCAUGCAUAGCAAUUCUGCUUCAGGACUGGGUUUUUUCCCUUCAGUAGCAAUUGUUGAAUGCCAUUUGAUUAAUUUCAAUGGGCCUGGUGGGUCACUUGUGUACCUUGGACAGAAAAACUACAGUGGAUUUGGCUCCCUGUUGCCAAAGAAUCAGUGUCUAAUAGUAGCUGAAACUGUCUUAAAAUUGACAGGUUUCAGAGUAGCAGCUUGUAGCUCACGAAAGCUCAUGCUGAAAUAAAUUUGUUAGUCUCUAAGGUGCCACAAAUACUCCUGUUCUUUUUAUCUUAAAAUUAAAUGUCUCAUAAAAUGUAACUAUCAGAUUAUCAUUUUUGUAGCUGUUUAAAUCAGUCUCUGAAUGUUUUAAGCAGAAUAAAGGAAUUCAGAGCAGAAACCUUAACUCCACCUCAGUGUGCCUGACUUUGAUAGAGCAGCAUAUAAUACACAUAGGGUAACUGUACAAAGUCAGUUGUGGCUCCCAUCUCUCUCUCAGGAAUCAGGGCCUGCAGCAGAGCUAGUCUGGAGGGGCCAGCAGGCUGGCUUUUAAGCCAGCAGCAGCGUACUGGCUGCUCAAUGCUCAUUCCCACUGUUGUGCCUGCUCUUAUGUUCCUGCCUUGAAUCCAGUCUUGUCUCUGUCUUACCCCUGCCUUGCACCUGCUUGCCUGCUACCCUGUUUGCUCCGGUUCUUGACCUCUGGCUUGAUCUUUGGCUCCGGCUUCUGACUCCUAGCUUGACCAUUGGCUCUGGUAUUUAGCUCCUGACCCGUGGCUCUGGCUUCUGACUCUGGCUUGACCCAUGGCUAUAGUAUCCAGUUCCUGCCCUCUGGCUUGAGCCUUAGGUCUGGUAUGUAGCUCCUGACCAUUGGCUCCAGCUUCUGAUUACUGACUUCAGCCUUGAUCCACAGGUUUGGGUGUUCCUAAUCCACCACGCAACUCUCAGAUUCUGCUACACAUGGCCCAAGCCAGAAGGGGGCGUUAUUCCACUCUUUUGGCAGCUGGAUUCUACUAGUUAUUCUUGAUUAUGAGCUGGUUUGGAAGGAAAGGAGGGAGAGGGGUUUUUUUUUUUUAAAAAAAUUGCUGUGGAUGAAUUUCUUCCAAAAAUCACUUUGAUUUUCUCACUGCAAUUCUAAGUUUCUGAAAUGUUCCUCCUGCCAAUGAAAAAAAAAAAUUAAACUACUUUUUUGCUUUUACAACUUUCUCUUUAUAACAUCAAAAUCAUGUAAUUUUUUUUUAUUAUUAUUAUUAUUAUUUUGUAGAGUGGUGGGUUUGAUGUGGAAAACCUUAGGUGGUGCUGCAAAUAAGUAUGGAGCACAAAUACACACUAAUAAAUUAUAGUAAAAGAUUGUAACUUUUUAAUUUUCUUCUGCAACCUCUCUCUGUAUUGAAUUGAAAUGAUUUUUAUUUAUUAAUUAUUAUUGCCAUCAUAAUUGCUUGCACUUGCUCUCUCAAAAGAGGGUUUUGGUUUGGUCAGACUUGGACAUUUAUUUUUGAAAGUCAAUAAAAAGGGUAAUGAAGAUGUAGAGAUGAUGUGAGCAACAGUUCAGUCUCUAUCUUCUGUUAAGUAUAUACUGGAAAAAGAUACUAGGCACAAUAUUCGAUGAAGGAUUAAUAUAUUUUAAUUGUGAUGUCUCUUAUAUUGUGAGAUACUGCAUUUUUUCUAGAUCUGCUUCUAAAUAUUUAGCUGUGUGCUGGAUUGUGGAUCAUAAUUUCUGCAGGACUAAUGACCCAUGGUGGUUCUGUUAAUAGUUGUCUGUCGCCUCCCAAGUAGAAAAUUUCAUUAUCAGUUGGCAGUCUACACCGCUGGGCUUGAUACCUUUUUUUAAAAAUUGCAGAAUUCAAAAAUUCGAUAUGAAGCCUGAAGCACCAGUUGAACUAUUAAUUUGUUCCUAAGUGGUGGCAAUUUUUUUUUAUCAAGCCUGUAACUAAUCGCCUUGGAAUCCUCUGGUAACUUAGAUUCUCUUCUGAACUAAGAAAAAGCUAACAAUUCUAUAGUUUGCCUGGGUGAAUGAAUUACUACAAGACUGAUAUUCUGUCUUAAUUUUUCCUUCACAAAGGAAUUCACUUUCAAUAAGAUCUUGUAAAAGACCAUUAGAAUUUUAAAACAGCUUGAUAAAUGUCCUUGUGACCAUAGUUAACCACAGUCAAAUUUCAUCAAAUGUCAUGAUUCAGGAUAUAUACAAUGCAAUGAGGGUCAAAAAGUACAUUAUUCACUGAAAUACUAUUAUGGAAUACUGUGCAUUUUAUUAUCUUCUUCUACUAUAUUGGGGAAUGGCCAGUGUUGGAAGCAAGGUAUCAGUUUGGAUGGGCUAAUGGUCUGAUCAGAUAGAGUAAUUAUGUUUCUGUGAAUACCUCUUUAAAUCAAAAGCUACAGUAUAUAGAAAUAAAUUUUACUUUGUUCUAUGAAAAAGA